GGCGGGAGGCUCCCCGCGCUCCUUGUCGCGUCAGAGGCGGGGGCACUGCUGCGCUGUGCGGACUCACAUGAUGAUGUGCAGUCCAUGCAGCUGCAGUGCGCCCAUCCAAAGUGUCAAUAAAGACUCUGAAUCCAGCUGCAAAUGUCUUCUGCCGAGGUUACUGAGCUGAGGAGUGAAAUAGGUUCACAUUUCUUUGAACAAAUCGACGACAGAUUUCCAAAACGGUUUACUUAGAUUUCAAUAAACCCAAUGCGUAAAUAUUUGCGCCAAUGCCGACUUUAGCGCGUUUUCUGAUGACAUCAGCCUCGCCGAUAAUCACGUCAUCGUGCGCCCUGAUUCUAUUUUUACGCAGAAAAUGUUAUUUUUGAACUGGAGUGAACCUGUUUGACUCUAGCAGGGAACACAGUGAGCUCUCCUUUCAAAGCUGCCCAUCACAGUGCGCAAUUGCGCAGCGAGGGGACUCCAGAGCAGUGAGAGUAAAAAGGAAGAAAAAAACUACUGCAGAAAACAAACCUUCAGUGAUGGAGGAAAACACUUCUCCCGCGUGACAAGAGAACAGUUUGAACAUUUAAGGAUCUAAUCUUCUAAGGAUUGUUUCGAUCAGUGGAUCAUCCUGGAGACGCUGCUGCGCACGAUGCGGACCCACAGUGACUGCAACUCACGAUGACAGUUUGCAACGCGACAGUGGAUGCACUCUCAACAAGUCUGGGUAUUUUGGAACCAGCGCCAUGGACGCAGCGGAUGUAAUUGCUUCUGUGUUGAUUUUAGGGAUUAUUAUCGUCUCUCUGCUGUCCAACGUCGUGGUGCUGAUCUGCUUUAUGUACAACCCGGAGAUCCGUAAGCAGGUACCUGCUCUUUUCAUUCUCAACUUGACGUUCUGCAACCUGUUGCUGAGCGUGUCAAACAUGCCACUAACUCUGGUGGGUCUCAUCUCCACGGGGAACCCCGGAAACGGUGGCCUCUGUCAAACUGUGGGUUUCCUCGACACUUUCCUCACCACAAACUCCAUGCUCAGCAUGGCAGCCCUCAGCAUCGAUAGAUGGGUGGCUGUGGUGUUCCCGCUGAGCUACCACUCAAGAAUCCGCCACCGGGAUGCGGUGUUGGCGCUUGGAUACACGUGGAUCCACUCGCUGUGCUUCUCCACCGUGGCCACCUGCCGCUCCUGGAUCGGCUACCAUCACCUUUACGCGUCGUGCACCCUGUGCAACGCGAGGGCGAAGGGAGCCGGGACGCAGUUCCUGGUCUUCACUGUGGCUCUGCACUCGCUGUCGUUCCUCCUCACGCUGAUCGUGAUGUGCGUAACGUACCUGAAAGUCUUAAAAGUUGCAAGAUUUCACUGUAAACGCAUCGACGUGAUCACAAUGCAGACGUUGGUGCUGCUGGUGGACAUUCACCCCAGUGUGCGCCAGAAAUGCUUAGAUGAACAGAAGCGGAGGAGGCAGAGGGCCACCAAGAAGAUCAGCACAUUCAUCGGCACAUUUGUGGUGUGUUUCACGCCUUAUGUCAUUACAAGAAUGGUAGAGCUCUUCUUUCCGGGGCCUAUAAGUCCUCGCUGGGGUGUCAUGUCCAAAUGUUUGGCCUACAGCAAGGCAGCAAGCGACCCGUUCGUCUACUCUCUGCUGCGGCACCAGUACAGGAAGACCUGCAACCUUCUGGCCAACAAAGUCCUCAGGAGGAGUCCGGUCCCUUCCUCCUUUCUCAGGACAGAAAUCAACCCUGGGAGCAGCGGGAAAAAUGUCAACUCCACCAACAACAUUCAGCCAACAAACAAACAAACAGCUCAGCCAAUAAAGUAAUUACCAGGCGUUUAAAUCAUUUAUUUAUCUUUAUACUUUAAAUUAAGAGUAAAGACCCACUCCAAUCAUCUUCUGAGCAGUUUUAAAAGUGCUCUUUUAAUUGUGAUUAUGCCGUUUUUGGUGCAAAAAAAGAAAUUUCUUGGACUUAAUUCGACACUAACCAUAACCGUUAGCAUGAAACAGACCCUCCUCCCCUUCCUUCUGCUGAGAGCUCUCUGUUUACACUAGGGAUGGGUUGAUAAAAUCGAUUUAAGCUUAAUAGAUCAAUAAUCGAUCCAUAAAAGUAGUGAUUAAUCUAACGCACAAAGCUAAUGUUCGCUAGCUUGAUGCUAACGCAUAAUGAGGCUAAUGCUAACACUGGGUCGACCUAAACACACACUGCUGACUAAAUGAACAUCUUUAUAAACUUUUUUAAAGGACA